UCUCGCUUCUUCAUUAACAUUCAAACCACCUCUCAUAAUCUUACUUCAAAAUGUUGGUCAUGAACAGAAGGUUUGCUUGCAUUGUUAGAGCUUUCUGAAGGUUAUCAAAAACUUAGGUUUUUUUUUUGUGCAAUCAAAGUUAAUUGGGGUUUGCAUCUGAAAUAUGGCCGAGAUUGAACCACCAUUAGAAGAAAGGUAUAAUGAGUUGAAGAAAGAGGAAUUAAAUGGCAGAAGAACUAUAGAAGCUGAUGAAGAAGUAAUAGAAGAAUGUGAAGAAGAAAUAGAGUUACCAGUGAUUGAUUUAGGGCAACUAAAGAAGGGGAAUUUAGAGAGAGAGAAAUGCAAGAAAGAAAUAGUGGAAGCAGCAAUGAAUUGGGGUUUUUUUCAAGUAAUAAAUCAUGGGGUUGCUGAGAAAGUAUUGAAUGCAAUGAUAAAUGAGCAAAAGAAAGUGUUUAAUCAACCUUUUGUUAACAAAAGUUUGAGUACUAAUUUUCUUAAUUUGCCUUCAACUCACUACCGCUGGGGUAACCCUGUCGCUAUUUCUUCCUCUCAAAUCUCUUGGUCUGAAGCUUUUCAUAUUCCUGUUUUGGAAGUUUCAACCUCGCACCAUCAUAUUACUCUCAGAACAACAAUGGAAGGAGUGGUGAAGAAGUUAGGGAGUUUAGCAGAGAAGAUAUCAGAAAUAUUAGGGCAAAGUUUGGGGAUAAAAUCAAAUUACUUCAAAGAAAGGUGUGAGAAAGGGAAGAGCAGCUUUAGAAUGAACAGAUACCCACCAUGUCCAAUUGCUUCACAAGUCUAUGGUCUCAUUCCUCACACUGACACUGAUUAUCUCACAAUUCUUUACCAACCUCAAAUCAGUGGUUUGCAACUCAAGAAAUCUGCUAAAUGGUUCCCUGUUAAACCUAACCCUCGAGCUUUGCUUCUCAACAUUGGUGACUUAUUUCAGGUAGUGAGCAAUGAUAUAUUCAGAAGCCUUAAACACAGAGUGGUGGCUUCAGAAGGAGUUGAAAGAUAUUCAUUUGCAUAUUUCUAUUGCCCGUCUGAUGAUGUGAUUAUUGAGAGUUGGUUGAAACCAAGCAUUUACAAGCACUUCAGCUACAAAGAAUACAGACAACAGAUUGAAAAAGAUGUUGAGAAAACAGGCAACAAAGUUGGCCUUUCAAGGUUUUUCUUGCACAAUAUCGCCUUGCCUCAUUAAUUAGUCUCUCAAUGAUCUAUAUAUCCAUUAUUAUUAAUUCUACCUAACUAUUAUGAGAGGAAAUUAAAUAAUUAAUUCAACUAGUAUAUAGCUAAGGAGAGGCUAUUUGGGUGUGUGUGUUUUGUAUCAAAUAUUGCCAACCUACAUAUAUAUCACUUUCUUCUAUGUUAUAAGCUCA